GGCUAAAGACCGCCCAUUCUGGGUGAAAGAACUCAGACACGGCCAGGGGAGUUCCAGAAGGCUUCUAUUCGACUCUCUUCGCUUUCCAGGAAGCAGAUUAGAGACGUACUCGCUGGUUAAGGGCAACUAAAUGAUCCGAGAUCCAGCCAGCUAGCAUUGGCCGUGUCUCAGUCACUUAUGUUUUGGAGAUGUCAAAGGUUUGUGCCAUUUUUGGUGGUUCUCGGGGAAUUGGUCAGGCUGCCGCACAGCUCCUAGCACGGAAAGGAUAUUGCCUGGCUGUUAUAGCAAGAAAUCUGGACAGGGCUCAAGCUACUGUGGAUAGAUUAGGAGCAGGUCAUCUUGCACUGAGUUGUGAUAUCACCAAAGAAGAAGCCAUCCAAAAAACAUUUAAAGAAAUAGAGAACAAAUUAGGUCAUAUACGCUAUCUGGUUAAUGCUGCAGGUAUCAACAGGGAUGGACUACUGUUGCGAACCAAAUCUGAAGAUAUGAUAUCCCAGCUUCAGACAAAUCUUUUGGGAACUAUGUUGACAUCUAAAGCUGCUGUAAAGACUAUGAUUCAACAGCAGGGUGGUGCUAUUGUUAAUGUUGGAAGUAUUGUUGGAUUAAAAGGCAAUGCUGGUCAGAGUGCAUAUAGUGCUAGCAAAGCAGGAUUAGUUGGAUUUUCACGCUCUUUUGCUAAAGAAGUAGCACGAAAGAACAUUCGAGUCAACAUGGUUGUUCCAGGCUUCAUUCAUACAGAUAUGACAACCCAUUUGAAAGAAGAAGAGCUGAAAAAAACAAUUCCUCUUGGAAGAUUUGGGCAGCCACAGGAAGUUGCUCAAAGUAUUGCAUUCCUUUUAGAAACUCCUUAUGUAACAGGCCUUGUUCUGGUUAUAGAUGGAGGCUUGCAGCUUUUGAUUUAAACACGAUGAAUUCUACAUGAAAAGUUAUUCAGCUACUCUAAAAAUCUCCAAAGAGAUCUAAGCAAUAUCCUUCUUAUUAUAUUUUAAUUCAAAUUAAAAGAAAGAAAAGAUAACUAGGUUCCAUUUUAGUUGUAUUUGGAAAUAUAAGAGAGGAUUAAAAUAAAUAUAUUCCAAAAUCUAUUAAAAGAGUAUUGUAUUUUUCCUGCAAGACUGGUUAAUAGAACAUUGUAUAUGUUGACAUUUUUAUGAGAUGGCCCAGAAAGGCUUCUGUCUAUGUGGAGGGCAACCUUCAGAGCCAGUUGAAGAUCUGCAGAAUUCUAGGUUCUCUUGUUAUCUUGUUAUGUUCUGAAAUAAUGCUGGAACUGGAAUAGUACAGUAUGUUAUGUCAGCCUGGUGGUUGGCAUAAUUAAUCUCUGCCCAGUA